AUGGCGUACCCACUCAAAUGCGUUUCGGAAGAGCUCGGUCGCCUAGAAAAGAAAUCUCUUGCGCUCGCCCCAGCUAAUAAAUAUCUGGAAGACCUUAUUCAGAAUUAUUCCAGUAAUUUCCCAGCCAAAGAAGCAAAAACAGUCCACAAGCCUCAUGGUGAAGGUCUUCACGUACUUCUCACCGGAUCGACGGGCUACCUAGGAUAUUACCUUCUUAAAACUCUAAUUGCCGACUCCAAUGUCGCAAAGAUUCUAUGCUUUAACCGUGGUUGGACGGAACCGAGAAACAAUUCCAUAGAAGAAUCCGGUGGCUUAGACGGAGCGGCCAAGGUCCAGUUUGUCAAAGUAUCUUUUGGUGAACCAAGAUUUGGCUUGACUCCUGCCGUUCAUCAAAGCUUUCUUGAUACCGUUGAUGUUAUCAUACACAAUGCUUGGCCGGUCGAUUUCAAUUUAUCGAUCAAGUCUUUCGAAAAGAUUCACAUUGCGGGUAUUCGAAAUUUCAUAGAUUGGUCCAUAUUAUCCCCGCGCAAAGUCACAAUCCAAUUUGUGAGCUCUGUAGGGUCAUUUGGGAACUGGUCAUCUUUUCGGCCCAAAACACCUGUGUCCGAGGAGGUAUUCACCGAUGGCGAUUUGCCAACGCUAGGCUAUGGUCAGUCCAAGUUCGUAGCAGAGAAUAUACUGAACAACGCUGCAAAGCAACGCGGUAUCUCAAUUGAUAUAUUGAGAUGUGGACAACUUAGUGGUCCAGUUGGUGACGGAAAGAAGAAGUGGAACACUCGGGACUGGUUUCCAAUCUUGAUGCAAACUUCCAAAGCUCUAGGAUUGAUACCAAGUAAUCUUGGAGCACAGAAUCUCGUGCAGUGGAUUCCAAUUGAUAGUGUAUCACAAAUUAUCAUUGAGUUGAUGCAGGGAAGUGGUACGAGAGAAGGCUCGACAACUUUCAAUCUCAUUAAUCCCGCAUCUGCUUAUUGGACGGAUCUUCUUCCUACGGUCAAAGAUGUACUCGAGGUUACCAAAGAAGUUUCAUUGAAGGAUUGGCUCAAAGAACUCAAGAAACAUGAUGAUAAAUCAAGAGAGGAACUCGAGAAAUUUCCGGCACUUAAACUUUUGAACUUUUUUGAAUGGGUAGCUAGUGAGGAGCAAUUGGUUAUAACUACUGAUAAUGCGAAAGCUGCGAGUGCUUCGUUUAGGGAAUUGAGUCCAAUUAGCAAGGAAAUGGUUGGAGGAUGGGUGAAGGAUUGGGGAUUUUAA